ACUAUGUAAAGGAGUGCGUGUCGAGUUGACCAAUCGCAUCAUACGCUUUACUUGCACCCGGCACGCAGUCGCGCGAAAACUCAUCAGAUGUGUCUUUUAACGCCAGGGGAACAUACAUCGUAUCAAGCUCUGUGUAAUAUUAAAAUAUUUGUUAAGUGUAAUAAAUAAUCACACAUAAUGGCAACCGAUGUCGUAGAUGACCGGGAGAUGAGGGAGGCUCAGAGAGAUUAUCUGGACUUUCUGGACGAUGAUCAAGACCAGGGGAUUUACCAAAGCAAAGUCCGGGACAUGAUAAGCGAGAAUAAAGCUCGGCUUGUGGUCAACGUUAACGAUCUGAGGAGACGCAACGAGGCCCGGGCUGCAAAACUGAUGAACAAUGCCUUUGAGGAGCUACUUGCGUUCCAGCGGGCAUUGAAAGAUGUGGUGGCCUCGGUGGAUGCCACCUAUGCCAAGCAGCACGAGGAGUUCUUCAUCGGCCUGGAGGGCAGCUUCGGUUCCAAGCAUGUCACCCCUCGUACCCUGACCUCCCGACUGCUGGGCUGCAUGGUUUGUGUGGAGGGCAUCAUCACAAAGUGUUCUCUGGUACGGCCCAAAGUGGUGCGCAGUAUCCACUACUGCCCAGCCACCAAGAAGAUGAUGGAGAGGAAGUACACAGACAUGACCUCCCUGGAUGCUUUCCCUUCUAGUGCCAUCUACCCAACCAAGGAUGAGGAGAACAACCCUCUGGAGACAGAGUUUGGUUUGUCCAUCUACAAAGACCACCAGACCAUCACAGUGCAGGAGAUGCCAGAAAAAGCGCCUGCUGGCCAGCUUCCUCGAUCUGUGGACAUCAUCUUGGACACCGACCUGGUGGAUGUGGUAAAACCAGGGGACAGAGUGCAGGUUAUUGGAACAUACCGCUGUCUGCCUGGAAAGAAGGGAGGAUUCACAUCCGGCACAUUCAGGACUAUCAUGAUAGCCUGCCACGUCAAACAAAUGAGCAAGGAGGUGUCCCCCUACUUCUCUGCUGAUGAUGUGGCCAAAAUCCGAAAUUUCAGCCAGACCCGCUCCAUAGAUGUGUUUGAUCAGCUGGCUCACUCCCUAGCUCCAAGUAUCCACGGACACGAGUACAUCAAGAAGGCCAUCCUCUGCAUGCUGCUAGGUGGUGUGGAGAAGGUGCUGGAAAAUGGCUCACGCAUCAGAGGAGACAUUAACAUCCUGCUCAUUGGUGAUCCAUCAGUAGCCAAGUCCCAGCUGCUACGUUAUGUGCUUCACACAGCACCCAGAGCCAUCCCCACCACUGGACGAGGCUCCUCUGGUGUGGGUCUGACUGCUGCUGUUACCACUGACCAGGAGACGGGUGAACGCCGGCUGGAGGCAGGCGCCAUGGUGCUGGCUGACCGUGGUGUGGUGUGCAUCGAUGAGUUCGACAAGAUGUCCGACAUGGACCGCACAGCCAUCCACGAGGUGAUGGAGCAGGGCCGCGUCACCAUCGCCAAGGCAGGGAUCCAUGCUCGCCUCAAUGCUCGCUGCUCUGUGCUGGCAGCUGCCAACCCUGUCUACGGCAGGUAUGACCAGUAUAAAACUCCUAUGGAGAACAUUGGCCUCCAGGACUCCCUGCUGUCACGUUUCGACCUCCUCUUCAUCAUGCUGGAUCAGAUGGACCCUGAGCAGGACAGAGAGAUCUCGGACCAUGUGCUCAGGAUGCACCGCUACCGUGACCCCCACGAGCAGGAGGGAGCAGCCAUGGCUCUGGGUGGGACAGUAGAUGUCCUUGCUACAGAGGACCCAGAUGCAGUAGCAGAGGAGCAUGAGGAGCUGCAGAUCUAUGAGAAACACAACAACCUAUUGCAUGGAAGCAAGAGAAAGAAGGAUAAGAUCGUCAGUAAGGAGUUCAUGAGGAAGUACAUCCACAUUGCCAAGGCUGUGACACCUGUGCUGACAGCUGAGGCAGCCAGUCACAUUGCAGAGGAGUACUCGAGGCUGAGGAGCCAGGAGCAGGUGGCUGCUGAUAUCGCGAGGACCUCUCCAGUGACAGCCCGAACACUGGAGACUCUGAUCCGUCUGUCCACAGCACACGCCAAGGCCCGCAUGAGCAAAGCUGUGGAGCUGGAAGACUCAGAGGUGGCCGUGGAGCUCGUCCAGUUUGCCUACUUUAAAAAAGUUCUGGAGAAGGAGAAGAAACGUUUGAGACAGGAGCGGGAUUCUGGUUCAGAGGAGGAACAGGAUGAGGAUACGUCCACUCAGCGUUCACAGAGACCUCUGAGGAAGAGGGGGUGCCGUGGUUCUCAGGGCAGCGAGCCUUACAGCCCAUAUGACUUCAGUGAAGAGCAGGAUGUCCCUGAGAUUCAGGCUGGAACCCCUAAACCAGCGAAGUCACAGCAAGAUGAGGAGGAGCCCAUGGAUGCCACAUCACAGGUUGCCGACUCUGAGCUCUCUGCAGAAAGACUGAAAGAAUUCAAGUCCUCCCUGUUUGCGGUGUUCCAGUCUGCUCACGCCCAGUCUGUGAAGAUGAAGACACUGAUGGACAACAUCAACAAGGAGUCCCAGAAUCGGUUCACAGAGCCUGCGGUUCGUAACGCUUUGGCUCGCAUGCAGGACGACAACCAGGUCAUGGUGGCUGAUGACAUCAUCUUCCUUAUCUGAGGGACUGUUUCUGAAAUCGAUUACAUGCACUUUGAAAGAGAGAGUGAUUUUAUAUCAAACUACAUUUGUUUCACCUGAUAUUAGACAUCUCAUUUGUUUUCAUGCUGUUUUUCAUUCCAUUUCUUAAAAUGCAGUCUAAAAUGUAGUGCAAAAGCAUCAAGUCUAUUCACAUAUGUGCCUGUUUCUUUUCAGGCAGUGUUACUUUGUAAUGUCUUUAUUACCAUGUAUCAACAGAUUACUGUUAGUGUAAUUAAUGAAAAUUUCAGUUCAUAGGAUAAAGGUAGAAGGGUAUUGCUGCCCAGUGCAUGUACAGUUUUAGCAGUGUCUUGUGCAUUAUUGCGGCAUAAUGGGGACAUUAAUAAGUAGUUUUACCAAUACUUCUGUUGUCUGAGUUUGUAUAUAGUUGAAGACAAGUUUUGAAAUUCUUCAUUAACUAGUUGUGUAUUAAAUAAAAUGUCAUGCUUUGGAAAUGGCUUAGAUUCUUAAAUGAAUUGAAAGUGCUAUGAUACAGCAUGUUACUUCAUAUGUAAAGUACCUACAUACUAUACAUGCGGUGGAAAUCACUGUUUGCCUAAUGCUGGUGAAUUUGUUCUGUUAUCUCCCAGGUUUUGCUGGAAACCGACCCUGGCUGUAUUUUAUGUAAUUUUUUUUUUUUUUUU